CAACAUCAGUACAUCACAAGGUGAAGGUGGAUAAAGUUCAAAAUAAAGUAACGAACGCCACGGUCCACUGCAUUUGCACGGUUAUGUUUAAAAUACGAAGAAUAUUUAUCCACUUCGUUCGAUUUUCUUCCAACUAUUUCUCGAAGUACUCACGCUCUCAGGUAUCAAUUUACUUGGUUACAUUACCUUGCCAAAUUCUUCCUUCUUUUCUUUCAACUUCUCUGUUUGCUUUUUCUUUACUUGGUUGGGAGUCUAACAAAAAAAUGGAAACUACAAGAGAAAAAUUAUCUGAUGAUAGUGAUAUUGUAAAAUAUGCUGAAGAACUUUACUUAUCAAAGUACGAGAAAGAGAAAGAAGUUGAAGUUGUCAAAAGUCUUCAUUCCUAUCUCAGUCAAUAUAAAGAUUCUUCUAAUCCUGAUAUCUUAUGGCGAUUGGCUCGUUCUUGUUAUGAUCUUUCUAAACUCUCUAUUACUGAAGAUGCAAAAAAGGCUUUAACUUACGAAGCUCAUGAGAUUGCCAAACAAGCUUUAGAGAAUGGCAAAGAUAAUUUUUCUUGUCAUUGUUGGUUUGCAAUAACAUUGAGUGAGGUUGGAGAUUAUGAAGGAAUAAAACAGAAGAUUUCUAAUGCCUAUAAAAUUCAAGAGCAUUUCAAAAAAGCCAUAGAGUUAAAUCCUUGUGAUGCAACAUCAUAUCACUUAUAUGGUCGUUGGUGUUUCACUAUUGCAGAUGUUCCAUGGUAUCAAAGAAAGAUUGCAAGUGCAAUUUUUGAAACACCGCCUUCCUCAACGUAUGAAGAAGCUGCUGAAUAUUUUGAGCGUGCAGAAAGUGUAAAAGCAAGUUUUUACAGUCCAAAUCAACUUAUGAUUGCCAAAUGUUACUUACGUCUUAACAACAAAGCGAAAGCAAAAGAAUGGUUGGAAAAACUCAUAAAAUAUGAUGUUCAAACAGAAGAAGAUGUGUUAACCGUUAAAGAAGGAGAAGAACUGUUGGGAAAGUGUUGAUGUUGAAAUCUUAUGAGGUGUUAGUUUAUUUUGCUUAACAAAAGAAAAAAAAUGUGUGAAAUAUUUUUUUCUUGACAUUCCUUUUUUUCAAUUCAAUCGUCUUUAUUUUGUAUUGUAUUUUUGUUUUGACUUUAUUGAAACUAGUUUAAUAUCAAUAUAAGUGUUGCACAUGUCGUUUGUUACUUGGUAUUAAGGUCUAUUAUAAUUACAUUUGCUAUGUUUGAAUUGGCAGUGAUAAUGAGUCAUAAAAUUCUUGCAUUUUC